UAGUAGAAUAGGGUCUGGUCCCUCUGUCGGAGCGUGGCUCGCCCGGACUGUGUCAGGACGUCAGGAAGGUUUUUAUGUGCAUGCGAUCUCCGCGAUCGGGUAUUAAAUAAACGUUGUUUUGCAUUGCCGAUUGCCAUAAAACUCAUUAUUCCGAGGAGAUAAAUUAAUUGCGAGGGUAAGUGCAAUAGGCAGGUUCAUUUGGGAGAGCAGAAAAACAAAACAAAACGGCCUCAAGUGCAGCUGCUUGACGAUCCUAGAAGGGCACGGAAAGGACCCAGAUCCACUUCUCCAGUCGUAAUGUUAGAUCAGAUAACCUGGGAGCGGAGUGUGUUGUGCUCGUGUAUUGUUUAAAUCUCAUCGUGCUGGCGAAAGGAUCUUUCCUAAGACGAGCUCGUCCUUAGCCUGACUCUUGUUAGCAGAUUUUCCCAGGUCCCGAGAGCUCAACAAUCACACGUUUGGUUGUAUAAGUCAGUAGUGUUUGCAUGCGGAAGUUACUAACGUAGGGCACGUUAACGUUCAGCUAGGAGACUGAGGGAAGUUUACCAGCUGCUGCCUACUUCUGGUUUACUCUUUAAUCAGACUCACCCCAGAGCUUCGGGCAGAAGGAAAAGGGGAAAAGGACGCAGUGUUGGGGUUUGGUACUGAGGGUGUUUUAGCUUCCUAUCAGCUACGAUGCUGCCCGAGAAAGUUCCUGUGGAAGAGACGCUGCACGCGCCUGAGGAACUGAAGAAACAAGCGCACGUCUGCAGCUUCGGCAAAUACACCGAGCUCUACAACAAAUCAGUCGAUACUCCAGAGGAGUUUUGGAGAGAUGUGGCCAAAGAUUUUUUCUGGAAGUCCAAACAGACGGGCAAGUUCCUAGACUACAACUUCGACGUGACCCAUGGAGAAAUUUACAUCAAGUGCAUGGAAGGAGCCACCACAAACAUCUGCUACAACGUCCUGGACCGCAAUGUUUAUGAGAGGAAGCUGGGAGACAAAGUGGCUUUUUACUGGGAGGGAAAUGAGCCUGGAGAUGAGAAGAUGGUGACCUACAAAGAGCUACUACACCAAGUGUGCAAGUUUGCCAACGUUCUUAAGUCACAAGGAGUGAAGAAGGGUGAUCGUGUUUCCAUCUAUAUGCCUAUGGUAAUUGAACUGGUGGUGGCCAUGUUGGCUUGUGCCCGAAUCGGAGCUGUGCAUUCGAUUGUGUUUGCAGGCUUUUCAUCUGAAUCGCUCAGUGAAAGAAUAAUGGAUUCUCAGUGUUGUCUGCUGAUUACAUCUGAUGGCUUUUACAGAGGGGAUAAGCUUAUAAAUCUUAAGGUUAUUGCUGAGGAAGCGCUGCAAAAAUGUCGAGCCAAGUCUUUUCCUGUAGAUCGUUGCAUUGUACUGAAACACUUAUCAAAGGAGGAACCAGAGGCCUCGUCACCAGGCUCCAUGUCGCCCCCAGCAAAGCGCUUAUGCCCUGACCUGCAGCAGAAGAAGCAGAAAGAAAAAGUAAGGAAGGUUCGUCCGAUCCCCAAGGUGCCCUGGAACCCAGAAGUGGAUGUAUGCUGGCACACUCUGAUGGAUGAAGCAUCGGAUGAGUGUGAGCCAGUGUGGUGUGACUCUGAGGACCCUCUCUUUAUCCUUUACACCAGCGGUUCCACUGGCAAACCAAAGGGUGUGCUGCACACUGUCAGUGGCUACAUGCUUUACACUGCCCUAACAUUUAAGAUGGUGUUUGACUACCAUGCUGAUGAUAUUUACUGGUGCACAGCAGACAUAGGCUGGAUUACAGGUCACUCCUACAUCACCUACGGUCCAUUGGCUAAUGGGGCCACCAGUGUCCUGUUUGAAGGCCUGCCCACUUAUCCUGAUGUUAGCAGAAUGUGGGAGAUCGUGGAUAAAUACAACGUCUCCAAGUUUUACACAGCACCCACAGCCAUCAGACUCCUCAUGAAGUACGGCAGCGAGCCAGUCCACAAGUAUAAGCGGAGCUCUUUGAAAAUCUUGGGUACAGUGGGGGAACCUAUUAAUCCUGAAGCUUGGCUGUGGUACUACACUGUAGUUGGGGAAAAGAGAUGCCCCAUUGUGGACACCUUCUGGCAGACUGAGACAGGAGGACAUGUGUUAACACCUCUUCCAGCAGCCACUCCGCUCAAACCAGGAUCUGCAACGUUUCCUUUUUUUGGGGUUGUUCCUGCCAUACUGAAUGAGUCAGGAGAGGAACUAGAGGGACCAAAUGAAGGUUACCUGGUAUUUAAACAGCCCUGGCCUGGGAUGAUGAGGACCGUGUACAGGAACCACCAGCGAUUUGAGACUACCUACUUUAAAAAAUUUCCUGGCUACUAUGUAACUGGAGAUGGUUGCCGCAGGGAUAAAGAUGGGUACUACUGGAUCACAGGCAGGAUUGAUGACAUGCUGAAUGUUUCUGGUCAUUUGCUAAGCACUUCAGAGGUGGAAUCUGCACUGGUGGAGCACGAGGCAGUUGCUGAGGCAGCUGUAGUAGGAACACCACACCCUGUUAAAGGAGAAAGCCUAUACUGCUUUGUUACUCUCAAUGAUGGCAUCAACUAUACUGCCACCCUGGAGGCUGAGCUCAAGAAGCUGGUGAGGGAGAAGAUUGGUGCUAUAGCUACGCCUGACUACAUACAGAAUGCUCCUGGGCUUCCCAAAACCAGAUCAGGUAAAAUAAUGCGGCGUUUGCUACGGAAGAUUGCAUCUAACCAGAAGGAUUUAGGAGACGUGUCUACUUUAGCAGACAGUACAGUUAUUGAUCAGCUGUUUGAGCAUCGUUGCUGUACUACUGUCUGAACAUUAGGAGACUCCAUUAAAACUUUCACUUCAGGGCAGAUAGGUUACAUGAAUGUAUAGCAAUCUUAAUGGAAGGUAACCAGAGAUAAUGAUGUAUGAAAUAUACUGCAAUUUUUCAAACUCUAUGAACCGAAAAGAGAAUUUUUACUGGACUCGUUUGUAUAUUAGUUUUUUUGUUUGUUUUUUUUUUUUGUUUUUUUUGUGAUAACCAUUUUCCCUCUUUUGAUUUUAUUUGCCAGUUAAAUGUCUGAUUACACUUUUUUCCCAAAUACUUCAGGCACAUAUUAUAAUUAAGUACUUUUUGUAUUUAAUGUACUCGAUCAUAGCUUGUUUUUAUAUGCCAGAAAUUAUUUUCAUGUGCCAAUGUUGAACUGAUGUGUGAUCCCAAGAAGAUUCUGAAUUUCAUGUUGUAUCAGGUGGUUUUACAAUUAGAGCCAACAGUCUCUUUUUAUGUAAGACUAAUGUACCAAAUGUUAAUAUCAUACCUCUAACUUUAGCUGUUAUCAGAAUUUAACAAUCCUGACACUUAGUGUAUCUUUACUUGAGGUUAUAAUCAUUACCAUUAGGUACUAAAAUCCCCUAUACCGCAUUAAAACUGUAUCAAUAUUUGCAGUGAUCUAAAUGUUCUACCAUAAUCUUUUAAUUUUGUGUCUAAAAGUUGUAGGACCUGAUUCUCAUUAAACUGGAUCGUUAAUAUUUCAUAUCAAAAUGCUGAUUCAGUAAUCUUUAAGAACUUGAUCAUUUAUUAGUGUUUGUUGCUGGAAUGGCGGUCUCUAUAAACCAUUCGGCAUUUCUGUAAAUGCUUUUUUCCCGCCUACAUGAGGAAACUGUUGUCAUAUCAGAGUAGUAUCUUGGAUAUGAUGCCAAUUUGUAAAUUUGCCAGAAAGUUAAAUACACACCAGGUGUAGACAGUGAGGUUAUGAGGUGCUUUGGAUAUACUGUCAAAUACCUCAAACUCGAUCCACAUUUUCAAGCUUAACCUGAAAUUAUUACAUUUUUAAAUGAAAGCAGGUUUUGGUAAUUGUUUUGCUACAUUUCUUCUUAUCUUUAUUUAGCUCAGGAUUAGUUAUUGUGACUAGUUUUAAGAAUGCUAUUCCACAGAGGGUCCGAUAUUUGCUGUGUCUCAUACCAGGAAAAAAAUAUUUAAUGUUCUUUUAUCUGGUGGUUGUCUAUAUUCACCCUUUCUAUGCUCGGCAUUAUGUUGUAAUCAACAUAUUUGGGCAGUUAAACCAGUGUGAGUGAAAUAAAAUACAGAUUGAGUAACA